GUCUUAAGGGGCAGGGGGUUUUAAAUGUGAGGCGGCAGCAUCCUCACUAUCGGCUGCCGGGCGGGGAAGGGGGAUGUGGAUUAGCAGCAGGCAGUCGCAGUAGCAGGUCCUGAAGCAGAACCGGGCAUCCUCUCUCCCCCUUGCACCUGCAGCAGCGGCAAUAGCUGAGCCCAGGGAGGGCUGCACUUCUCAAAAAGGAAACAUUACAGUAGAAGAUUAGUCAGAUUCCUUCUCUAACUUCCUUGCAUCACAUGGUGUGUCAUGCAAGGCUAGAAGUAUUGGCCUCAUAAUUUUAAGUGCAUGAGUAAUUAGGCAAACACAAUGGAAGGCACUCAUACUGUCCUCCAGUUGCACAGACCCAUAAUGGAACUUUGCUACGUCAGUUUCUAUCUUCCAAAGGGAAAAGUUAGAGGAUUCACAUAUAAGGGCUGUGUGACUCUAGACAAAUCCAAGAAAUGUUUGCAUAACUGCUAUCAAGUGAGGGAAGGCUUGGAGGCAGUAGGAUCAAGAGGCCAGCUCUGUGAAAGCAUUGGAGAUAUCUUUUUCAAGCAAACCACUACAAAGAAUAUUCUCACUGAACUGUAUAAACUAAACGCUGAAAAGGAGAGGCUGUUGGCUAGUCUGCUUAGUUCAACCCACAUUCUAGGUGUUAAUAUGGGAAAUCAGGAUGGAAAGCUGCAGGACAUUUCUGAAAGUCUGAAUGAUGAUAAUCUGAGAUUCAAGGAUCAACAAGAGUCUUUCUCGGAAUCCAUGGAGAAGACAUCCACCCUGAGAAGCAAAAAAACAAGGAAAUUUAGCAAACGAAGAGAAAGCAUUGAAGAUUUCAUAAACAAAAAAAUAAAAAGAAAGAUCCCUGCAGUUCUGGAGCCUCCUGCAUUAAACAGCAAAGAAAUGUUAGGAACUGACAUACUGUCUUCUACCAAAUACCCUGCUGAUGUCUUUUCCAGUUCUUUUACAUGUUCAUUUUCGAAUAAAGUAGAAGACAAAGAUGUUAUAUCAUCAUAUGUGAAUAAACCAUCAGAAAGAUCAAGGAAAGAGUGUUUGCUUGAGAACAGUCGGGCUUUGGGAUCUGAUACAGACCUCUCUGUUUCUUUCUCUGAGUAUGACAAUGAUGUAUUUGGACACUGUUUUGCACAUUCCAGCCACAGUUUGUUAGAUGAUGUAGAGGACAUUCUGCAAGGGAUGCAGGUGCAGCAGAACAGCCCUUUGUUGAACUCUUUCCAAGAUCUUCCAUCCCAAACAUAUGAGACUUUUGAUAAGACUAUAGCAGAGAUCUGCAAAAGCAAACCUGAAGUUGCAGGGGUAUCAAAAGUACCAGAUUCAGAACAUCAGCUGCAGAGAACUGCAAGAACCUCUAUAGAAUAUGGCCAAAUACCUUAUGCGGCCAGUAAGGGAAGUAAAGAAUUGAUUGGUUCUGUGUUCGCCACUGUGACGCAAGAGAAAGAUCAUGAAAGCUAUAUUCAGCAGUAUAAAGGAGAACAAGAGCAUGUUAUUGAUGAAUCGUGUAGCCUAGCUGGAGCAGUCAAUAAAACACUUCUGAAAGUGAUUCAGAAUGACAGGUUAGAUGAAACUGCAGAAUGGAAGAGAUUACAGCAUAUUACAAGAACAGACAGAAGUCCACCAGGCUCGGCCUAUGAAACAAGACCUACUGUAUCCCAGGAAAACAAUAAACAUUUGUCUUUACACCUGCCAAUAACUUUGAAUCCUGAUAUUUAUCAGACACGGACCAGCAUUAAGCAGGAAGACAAAAAGCCACUGUCUCCCUCUUUAGUAGCAGUUAGCAAUGUUUUUAAUAAUUCAUAUCCAGCAUCAAAUGCACACAAACAGAUGUCUCCUCUUCCUUCCCCUUUAUCCUCAAGUCUGCCUAGUCCACAGCUACACCACAGAAUACUUCCUUUGCCCACGGUGGACACUGCACAAGAAUCUGUGUAUAGUGACUCUCAUCGUUCAAGAUGUCAUACUACAAAUUUCCCUUUGGGUAAAGAUUUGGAAGCACAGUUGCAUUUCAAAUGUUCAGAAUAUGGACAUCGUGGACUUUCUAUGAGACAACCAGGACCAUGUCAAUUUGCUAGUGGGGAUCAUUCUGGAAAAAGCAGUCCUAAGGAAAAAAACUACAUUCAACCGCAACAUCAACUGUAUUCAGAGAGCUAUGCGAUGCAAUGUACUGACAUCCAGGCCCCAAUGUCUUGAAAACUACUUCAGCAGCAGUUCUGACUUCUCAGAUGAUAUGGUGGGCAUUUCCGACAGCCUUUCAAGCAUAUCAUCACAGACUCAAG